AUAUUUUGCAGUGUGCCAGUGUUUCAGUGUAUAGUCAGUUCCAUGGCCAUUCUGAGCAGCCAGAUUCAAAGUUUAAACUCAAACAAAACGUUAGAUAGGCACGUGAGUGGGGCAGUGUGGUCAGUGCGGUCAGUGCUGGUGCCGAGCUCGAAUGCCAUGCACCAAGAUGCCCGACCCAAAGGUGUCGGUGCAUCAUCAUCAUCUUCCAAGGCGACAACGGCCGCAGAGACGGCGGCGAAGCAAGCGGCUGAUCAUCAUCGACGACGACGACGACGUCGACGCCGCUGCAGCAGUAGUAGCACAACUACUUCCUCCAACUCGGAUACGGAUUCAGAGAGCUCCACAAGCAGCAGCAGCAGCAGCAGCAGUGGCAGCAGCAGUCGAAGCAGAACCAGCAGCCACAGCUCUCAUUUACCUGCACCGCUGCAGUUAUCCUUACCACUCGCUGCCUCCCACCCGCCAUCACCUAUUCCAGCAGACGCGCCGAUUGACUCGGACACAGAGAGUGAACCGGGCACACCUGUGUUGGUGCCCGUGGAUCCGCAUGCCUGGACCACCGAGGACAUUGCCAGCUGGGUGAAGUGGCUGACGCACAAGUUCAAAAUCGAACCGGAGCCGGACAUCACCCGCUUUCCCAAAGAUGGCAAAGAGUUGUGCCAGCUGACUCGCGCCGAUUUCUGGGUCUGUGCCGGAUCCAGACGCGGCGGCAUCCUGCUGGCCAAGCAUUUCGCCUUGAGUCUUUACCAUGCCACCGGCAGGGAGACAAGUCCCAUGCUCAACGAGGACGAGCCAAAUCCAUACAAGCUGCUGAACGCUGCCUCGCACCGAUUGGUCGCUCAGGGCUCUGGCGGGCAAAUACAGUUGUGGCAAUUUCUGUUGGAGCUGCUCGCUGAUUCGUCGAACGCCAACUACAUCUGCUGGGAGGGCCAAUCGGGCGAGUUCCGGCUCAUCGAUCCGGACGAGGUGGCCAAGCGUUGGGGCGAGCGCAAGGCCAAGCCAAACAUGAACUACGACAAGCUGAGCAGAGCUCUGCGCUAUUACUAUGACAAGAAUAUUAUGACCAAGGUGCAUGGUAAGCGGUAUGCGUACAAAUUUGAUUUCCAUGGCCUGAUGGCCGCCUGCCAGGCGCAGGCACAAGGCUGUGAUCCGGCUAGCAGCAUGAUUAGUUCCUAUAAGCAUCAUCAUCAUCAUCAUCAUUCGCAUCCACAUGCCGCCGCUGGCGGUGGCCCACAUGCGCUGCCCGCGCAGCAUUUGCCACAUCACUUGGCGCAUCAUUCCCAUCAUGGGCAUCACCCGCAUGUACAUCCGCAUCAGCUGCUGCAUCCACAUGCCGCUGCCGCCGCCGCCGCAGCUGCCGCUGGAGAACUCACAUCGCCGGCUUCGAAUUGCUCCAGUUUGGGAUUUCCGUCACCCUCGACAGCCUCGUCGCUGCCCUCACCUGCUCAGGUGUCGUCCGUAUUUGCCGGCCCUGGCGGUUACACAAACGUCGUGUCAACUGCCACGGCGGGCUCCAGCCAGUCGUCAGAGCAAGAGCCCCGAACAUCCACAGCCUCCUCCAAUGUGACCUAUGAGCAGCGAAUUUAAUUGCAAUGGCAAAUGGCCAACCCCAAUUUGUCAGGGGUUGCUUUUUCAUAUGGGGCGGGGGUCAAGCUUGCGCACGGGCCGCCCGCUGCGCACAAGCCAAGCCAGUUGCUGUAUCUCCAUCUCGCUCAGGCCGCCAGGAGUCAUACUGUAAAAAGGUCAUUUCGCUUAAUGCCAGCUACUUUUGGUUUAAUUACGUAAUUUCUCAUAUGUGAUAAAUACAUGGAGCAAUGCAGCCAACAAAAAGAAAAAAAAACACAAACAACAAAAACAAAAAUUAAGGAAAAGGAAGCAAUACAUGUAGAAAGUAUCCAGGAUCUAACCCGGCCUAACUAAUUUGUUACAACGUCUGUUAAAUGUUGCUUUUAAGCCUACAU